UUGGCGGAACAAUGCGCGGUGCAUUUCGUCGGCUAUUUACGUCAAUUCUUACUCCAUUCCCUUGCUUCUCUAGUGUGGUCGCCAUUUUUAGUUCAUUUUCUACUGCGUAAAUAAAUGAUUACUGCUCUGUCAACUGUAUUUACUGUUAUCUGCUUAAACAGACGGGGCCAACCGGCUUCCAGUGUCGAGGUCGAAGCGAAACAGUGAAGGACGGUGUGAGAUCAAGGUCAUGGCCGGAAGACAAUGUAAACAUGAAGGCAGUAUUCAAAACAGAAAACCGUUCAUCGUAGAGUGCAAUUGUCUAAUCUCAAAAUGUCAAAUUCGAGUGAUGUUGGGAUAUCUCCUGUGCUCCUUCAAGCUAUAAGUCAAUCACUGAGUUCCACAAGUAAUAAACCAGGUGCUGCGAUUGGCACUAAAAUGGAGAGCUCAAAUGGAACACCUGUCGGAAGUGGUGCUGCUGAUCAGAACCUUGCAGACCGACUGCUGAAACAACAACAGGGGAAUGCUGCCAGUGUGAUACAGUCAACAAACGAAUCCAGUAUACCCAUACAGACGGAUACCAUUAAGACUAUGUUAAAGAUAAAAAUGGCAGCUAAUGCAUUAACUAAAAGUGCUUUGCAGAAAACACACAGUUCAGAUUCUAUUAAAAAUGAAGAAAAAGAGACAGUCAGUAGCUCUGCAUCAGAUAUUGCCAUGGCUAAUGUGCUAACAGCCCUUGCAUCUCAGAGUGGUAAAACAUUUAUAACUCCUAACACCAACAGUGGUACUGCUUCGACAGUGGCUGGACAGAACGGUGGUGCAUUACAGAGCCUUUCUAGUGUGUCAAAAGAAGCAGAGUUCAGAGCAGUCCAAGUUGGUGAUAGAAAAAUACUUAUCAGAACUAAGCCCGGCGCUGGAGGAUCUGAUAUUGCUCCACAAGUUGUAACUUCCUCUGAAAACAAUAAUUCCGGGGCUAGUGCUAAUGAAACAGUUUUCACAGUGAUCAAACCAGAACCAGAUGUAGUAGAAAAUGUCGAACAUGAUCAAGUUCAGCCAGAUGAAUCAGAUGUUCUAGUAACUGACUCAAAUUUGAAUACCAGUAUUACAAUAGACCAUACUAAUGAGACAAUUGUUACUGGCAAGUCUAACAUAGUAGACAACAGUUUAUUACUCUCUGACACACAAUCAACAGCAGUCGUUACAAGUCCUGAAACAGGGGCGGGUACUCAGCUUGUGUUUUCAUUCAACCCAAAUCCCAGUACUUCAGAAAUGGCCAUGGAUGGAAGGCUGAAGGUAAUUGAACAUGAAGGAAAACGUUAUAUCUUACAAACACAUGACUAUGACUCGACGCAGGUGGCUGUCACCCAGCCAGACGAGCCUCAGUCGUACACUGUUCAAAUUGGUACAGAUGAUGGUGUGACAUACACGAGUGUAGCUGAACAGGAAGUUGUUACAGUCGGUCAGCAACAAGAAGAAGCUGGUAAUGUGUCAGGAUUCAAGAGUCCAAUGUCUGGAAGCCCUUGUCCUAUCUGUGGGGAUAAUGUUUCAGGAUUCCACUAUGGUAUAUAUACAUGUGAAAGCUGUAAGGGAUUUUUCAAGCGUACUGUUCAGAAUAAGAAGACGUUUGUUUGCCCAAGAAAUGGAGAGUGUGAAAUAGUGUUAGAAAACAGGAAAAAAUGUCCGGCAUGUAGAUUUGCCAAAUGUCUUGUGAUGGGAAUGAAACUUGAAGCAAUCAGGCAAGACAGAACGAGAGGAGGAAGAAGUAGUUAUGGGGGAAGUUCUCCAUUUGAAGAGAAAAAGAGACGACCAAUCAAAAUAGUUCCUCGACGAACAAGUUAUCAAAGUGAAAGUGCUCUUGCUUCAGUUUUGAACGCUGGUGCGGUGCGUCCGGAGAAACCGUAUGUCCCUCAGAUAUUGACUGAUAUAAUGAACUUGGAGUCUUUGUUGUGUGAUGAUGAUAUUCCGUCAAGUAUCUCUGCAGAAGAUUUCUCAAUAUCAAAUCCAAAUGUGUUCCUUACAUUACUGCAAUUGUGUGAAUUGAAAUUGUACAAAAUUGUACGAUGGGCUCGUAAUUUACCGUACUUCGCAAAUAUUUCGACAGAUGAUCAGAUCUUGCUGCUGCAGAAUUGUUGGUGUGAGUUACUGGCCCUGACAUUGUGUUGGAAAUCUCUGCAAUUAUCAAAUGAAAUAAUAUUCUUUCAUGGACAAGCAAUAGAUCUGGAGAAAGCAUGUUCAUUAGAUCUUGGAGAAAUGUUUACGAAAAUGUCGGCAGUUGUUGAACAGUUCAAGCGGCUGAAAGUGGACCAGUAUGAAUGUGUUGCAUUAAAAGUCAUCAUACUUAUUUGUCCAGGUAAAUACAGUUUUGGUCAAUAUAUGAUUAUCUUUAAAAAAAAUAUUAAAUUUACUUUGGCAGCAUAGUGUUAGGUGU